GAAAAUUUUAUCGAUCGAAAAAAUGAAAAUUAUAUCAGAAGUUGCUAAUGUUGGGCAUUAAGAACAAAUCAUUUUAAUUUCAAAUAAUCCCUUUCUCUCGUCCCUCUUUCGAAUGACCAAUAAUGUUUCGGACAUUUAAGCUAUUAAACUCAUCUCUCGGUACUCAAUUUUAGUGUAAAAUAUAUAAAAAGGUGUUGAAAAUGUCAUCAAAUGAGCAUAAGCAUCAUUCGAAUGGACCUUCGACGUCUGCAACCAACUUGAAUGGAUCACUUCAUUCGUGUGAGAUUUGUGGCGAAUCAGGCUUUACAGACGAGAAAAUCUUGGAACAUACACAGAAAUGUCACGUAGAAGGUCAUGGGCAGUGUCCAUUUUGUGGCUUAACAGGAGGAUCGUCAACUGAAUUACUUUUGCAUGUAAAUCAGGCUCAUUUAGACUAUUUGACUCCCGAAAAUGAGUUAAUGUCAUUUAUUGAUGAUUCCAAGACUCCAAGUUGCGAUUCAGACUCAAUGUCUUGUGGAUUAUCACCUUCAAUCACGGAAAUUCCAGCAGGUCUUGAUAAUGUUGCCGUCGUUACGAAUGGAUCGACAAAUAAUUUAAGCAAUGGAACGAUAAGCAAAAAUGAUUACAAAUCGGCAGCUAAGACAUCAAAUUGUACAGGCACGAAUACAAAAAUUUUAAUUAAUAAUCGAUGCGAUCCAGAAAUGAUCAAUUGUAAUAAUAAUGUAAUGGAUGAUAAUAAUAAUAGUUCCAAUAAUAAUAACUGUGAUAAUAAUGGCGAAAAUGGAAUUGAAAAUCACGGAGAAGGUUCGCCACUAAGAAGUCAAUUGGGAUUGAAACUUAAAGCAAAUAAACCCAAAAUUACCAUACCAACUAUUCCAUCUCCACUAGUCUGCUUAAUGUGUCCAUACACAACAAAUGAACCGACAAUUUUAGAAGAACACAUCAAUCGAUCUCAUUUUGAUCCAAUGAGUCCUGGUGUCAUUAAUAAUUCUAGUAACGGUGGACAUACAGCACAUGGAACAUCAAAUCAUGUCGAUACGCUUGAUAGCUUUUCAUGUCCAAUUUGUGUAAGAUGCUUCGAAAAUGGAAAUGCUUUAGAAUUGCACGUUAAUCAUGAACAUAGUGAUAUUCUAUCGCCAGCAAAAGUCGAUUCAGCAGCUGCAAGCGGCGGAAUUUCUACAUUAACUGUAACGGAACAGGAUGAGGCUGGAUGUAAUCAUUGUCCUGUUUGUGGCAUGUCUUUUGAAAAUAUGAAAACGCAACAAAUGGAAUUGCAUAUUGAAGCUCAUUUUGCUAAAUCACCAACUUCCGUGACAUCAAACAUUUCUCCGGAUUUAGAGAAAGAAGCUAGAAAGGCACAAGAGCAACGAGAAUUUGAAAUGCUUCGUGCUCAAUAUGGUAUGGAUGAUCAAGGGAAUUUUCGAGAGCAGUCAGCUGUUGCAAUGCAACGUGCUGUUUAUGCUGGAGAGAUGUCUGUAUCAGAUUACUAUUGUCGACAAGUAGGCCUUCGAGCAGCUGAAUCAAAUGGCGUUGAUGAUGGAUCGUCAUGUACAAAAUCAGUAGCACCGCGAGUUUCUAAUCUAUCAGCUUCCUCAUUGGGAGUUUUACGAAGUUUUGUGUGUUCAAAUGUCGAUCAUUAUGCAGCCAGCUAUGGUGAUCGUGGCUGGGGUUGCGGUUAUCGAAAUGCACAAAUGAUAAUAUCAUCACUUUAUCAAAAUCCAAUUUAUAGUGAAUUAUUAAGGAGUGCUAUCGGAUCAAAUUCAAUGCCGAGUAUUUCGAGACUUCAAAAAAUGGUAGAACAAGCGUGGUCAGAUGGAUUUGAUGUACAAGGCAAGGAACAGCUUGGAUGUAAAUUAUUUGAAACUAGAAAAUGGAUAGGAGCUACAGAAAUCGUCACACUCUUUUCAUGGAUGAGAAUCGAGUGUCAACUUGUUGAUUUUCAUCGUCCAACAGCUUUAAAUGGAUGUCACCCAGAAUUGUUCAAUUAUGUUCUUCGCUAUUUCGAGCAGCCAAGAUCACAUACGCCGCCUUUAUAUCUUCAGCAUCAAGGUCAUUCGCGUACUAUUGUUGGCAUCGAGCAGAAAUCUAGCGGACUUACAUUGCUUAUCUUAGAUCCUAGUCAUAGCCCAAAGCAAGUUGCAUCAUUAGGAACAUCUCAAGAUUCUUUAAGACUUAUUAGAAGAGGACAAAGUGCGAUGAAAGCUCCUCAAUAUCAAAUUGUCUCGGUAGUUGGAAAAAUUGUGACUGAGGAAGAAUAUCAGGCAAGCAAGAUAAUUCGAUCGUUACGAAUUCCUCCAGAUCGUUGAUUCACAUUUUGUUUUUUAACUAUCGGAAUAUUAAUUUAAAUAUUGUUAAAUUAAGUUCACGGUUCACACAAGAAAAAUUUGACAAUUAGGAACUAAAGAAUUUUCCCUUUAUCUUCUUGUUUCUAUUGAUGAAGUUAUUUUUGUUAAGUUAUUUUUUUUUUGUUGCUAAACGAUACAGGUUUUUGUAAUUUUUAAUGCUAGACCUAUAAAAGAAAUUAAAACUAUAUUAAUGAUUAAGUGCAC